CUGAAGUGGAGACAUAAUUCGUAGGAACCAACCAUGACCAUAUAUUUUCUUCUGCCAGGUGUUCAGGUGGAAAAUGCAGCUGAAGUUCCAACAAACCAUUGUUGAAUACAUUAAAGGGUUAAGAGAGUUGAGAUACAGCUCCUGCCUCUUGUAUCUGAGUAAUCUCUCCCUUGCCAUUGGUUAUAAUGCUUUACUAUUAUACGCCCUUGUCUGGGAAGCUGGGAAUAUCAUCAACCUUCCCACCAAAAGAAUCGGCUUCUACAAUUUCUGCUUGUGGGAUCAGAAAGCAGAACUGGAUUGCCUCAUGAUCAAAGACAUGGAAAAGUUAGGGAUCAGCAAGGUUGCACUGCUGUUGUCAAGAGUCUGCGUAUACAUCAGCCCGGUUUUGUGCCUCUUCGCUGCCACUACAGUCAUGCAGCAGGCCCUGUGCUUCAGACACAGAGACGGAUGGAAACUGGCUCAGAUUCUUCUGUCUGUUAGCAGUUUGAGUUUGCCUGUUGGUCUAGCUUUGUUUAUCUUGCCCAAUCAGAGGUGGAUUCAAGUCUCUGAACUAAGUGAGGGCUUUGCAGCCCUAGUUGGGGCUUAUAUUUUACUUCUCCUCCACCUGCUCAUAAUUAUCCUGCACCUUGCAGAGUUCAAAGACCCUCUUCCUGAGAGACAGUUAACUCCUGCAUAGAGCCUUCCAUGAGAUUUUUUGUUCAACUGACAGAGUGAACUGCAAAUAGACUACAAGAACUCAUCAUGCAACUCCAGCCUUUGUUGUUGGUUUAUGGUUUGGUGUACUGUGUGAACCAAUGGCCAAGUUGAAUUUGGAAUAACAUGUUUGGCAAUGUGAGGCAACAUCUGAAUGUAAUAAACACUGUGGUGAGUUGA